AAGAAGUUGAAGACGAGGAUUAAUAUAAUUACUCCUUCUAUUGAUCUCAUACAGCUUUUGAACGCGCGUGGAUACACCCUCUUACAAAGCACAGUCUCACUCACGCGCGAGCUGCGCGAUGAAAUUAACGAGUUUGACGAAAAAAUGGAGCACGCGAACCAGCGCAUGGCGCUCGCCAAAUCCGCGGCCGAAAAACAAAAGACGUACAAAGAAGUCGAGCAGUACAUGCUCAACCUGCUGCAGCGCAUCGACGAGUCCGUGCAGCUCCUGCAGCUCGCUAUCACGACGUCCGGCGCGAACGUGACGGCGACGCUGCCGGAUAUGGUGUCGCCCGCGCGACUGCUGCAGGCGGCGAUGUUUUUGCUCGUGGCGGAUUCGGCGUACACGCGGGCGCCGACGCAGAGGCAUCAGGUCGGGCCGACGUUUUCGUUGAAGCUGUAUACGAUCUUUUACGGCACGGCGCGGAAUCCGCAUACGACGACGAACGGGGAUAUUACGUGGAAAGAGGAGCACGCAAAGUGCUUUGUGGAGAUUUUCAGAUACAUGGCGGAUAAUCUAAAGUACAGAUACGAGCUUGUGAUUACAGAGAAUCUGGACGAUGGUCGGUACCACGAAGAGCUGGAGAACCCGGGAGCAGGGUCGCCGGUGCCGGAGAAGGAUUCGCAGGGAGGAGGGAUUAGAGGCAAGAGCCGGACUAUCCCGCUUUCGAUUGUGACGCGGUUGUUUUUCAGUGCGUCGGGAAGACUGCUUGAUAUUGAAGAGGCGGUGUCGCCGGUGCUGGUUGUGAAGCUGAACAAGGCGUUUUUGCACCGGUCGCCGUAUUACAUGUUUGAGGGGGAGGAAGAGAGUGAGAGUGAGGGAGAGAUGAGUGAGGGGGAUGGUGAGGGUGGGGAUGAGGAUAUGGAUGCGAGGAGGGUUGAUUUGCCGUCAAAUACAGAGUGGCUGGCGUUUGAGCUUUACACAGAAGAGGAUGAAGAGGAGGAGGAGGAGGAAGUGGAGGGCGAUGAGUGGGAGGAUGAGGAUGAGGUGGAAGAAGGAGGAAUAUCUGGAGGGAAAAGCCGCGAAGGAAAGAGAACGAGUUUGCUGGGGGAUAAUAGUCUUGCUGCGGCAUUUUCGCGAUUGUCUCUGAGCAAGGAAGGUAUGGGUACGACGGGGGCGCCGUUUGAAGCAUCAGCCAACUCGCUGUCGUUGCUGGAGUACAUUAUUCGGCUAGCCGCGCUGCAGACAAACGACCAGAGUUCAGUGUUUUCGAUUUCAGACGAGCGGAUAUCGCUGUACUUGCGGGACGAC